AUGGCGAGCUUUGUUGCAGCGAAUAUAAAUCCACUAAAUUAUUUUGGUGGGGUCAGUUUCGUACCAGACAAGAAUAUUCCCGAUUUGUCGGGAAAGGUCAUUCUAGUAACAGGAGGAAACGCGGGUCUGGGCAAGGAGUCGAUCCUCCGACUCGCAAAACACAAACCGGAAAAAAUCUUCCUGGGCGCCCGGUCGGAGUCUAAAGCGACCGAGGCCAUCGCCUCAAUUAAGUCAUUUGUUGAGAACGUUGAGAUCAGCUGGAUCCCAUUGGACUUGACAUCCACCAAGUCGAUUCAAAAUGCAGCCGAGCAUUUCAAAGCCCAGUCUCAACGGCUGGACAUCCUACUCUUGAAUGCGGGUGUGAUGGCCCUGCCUCCCGGUGAAACGGAACUAGGUCACGAAAUCCAACUCGGCACCAACCACACCGGGCAUUUCCUUUUGACGAAAUUGUUAUUGCCUACGUUACUCCGUACCGCGGAAGAACCUGACUCCGAUGUCCGUGUUGUGUCUCUCUCUUCGGUGGGGCAUAAUCUUGCUCCGGCCUUUGAGAAAAUACUGGACCAGGAGAAGCUUAAGAAGGUGAAUACCAAUACUAGGUAUGGAGCUUCGAAAGCUGCGAAUAUUCUGUUCGCUGCCGAGCUCGCUAGACGCCAUCCGUCUAUCACGUCGGUGUCUGUCCACCCUGGUAUUAUUUUGACGGAUCUGUACAACUCGAUGAGUGGAAGUUCAGCUUUCCAUGCAUUGGGAUCCAAAGCGAUUGGUAUGAUUGGGACUUCAGUCCCCGACGGAGCACGCAAUCAGCUGUGGGCUGCUGUUGGCGCGAAUAAGGAAGAUCUCGUUAAUGGUGCGUAUUAUGUGCCUGUUGGCAAUUUGAAACAGCACAAUUGCUAUGCACAAAGCAAGGAUAUGGGGAAGCGUCUAUGGGAAUGGACGGAAGGGGAACUCGCGAAAAUUUCUCUUUGA